CCCUCUAGAAGAGAACACGCAUUUGUGUCACAGUUGUCAACAUUUGUCGCUCAAUGGUGCUGUAUAUGUGGAUAUAUUUAAUUAACUGCGUUUCUGAGUAGUUCAGUGAUGGAAGUGAACAGGGAUGAAGCGGAGAGAUGUAUCGACAUCGCGCUCGGAGCGCUGAAGAACGCGCAUCCGGAGAAAGCGCGAAGGUUCCUGGAGAAAGCGCAGCGGCUUUUCCCGACUCACCGAGCCCAGGAGUUGCUGGAGUCUCUGGAUGAGACCGCGUCUACAGAAGGCGCUGAUGGAACAGAAGCCCGUCAGCGCAGGUCUAACGGCACGACCCCUGCGGAGAACGGCACCGACGCCAGCAAACCAUACACGCCUGAACAGGCUGAGGCUGUUAGAAGAAUAAAGCAAUGCAAGAACUAUUAUGAGAUUCUCAGCGUGCAGAAAGAUGCUUCAGAAGACGACCUGAAGAAAGCGUACAGAAAACUGGCAUUAAAGUUUCACCCCGAUAAGAAUCGUGCCCCGGGGGCGACCGAGGCAUUUAAAGCGAUAGGAAACGCGUAUGCAGUUUUAUCUAAUGUGGAGAAGCGGCGGCAGUACGAUCAGUUCGGAGAGCAGCGGAGCAGCGCGGGCAGAUCCAGCCAUCAGAACGCACAGUUUGAAGCAGAUAUCUCUCCUGAAGAUCUCUUUAACAUGUUCUUCGGAGGAGGAUUUCCUUCUAGUAAUGUUCACAUGCACAGUAAUGGAAGAAUGCGCUUUAAUCAGCAACAGGGCGAGCGAGGAGAACAGAGAGGGGGUGGUCUUGCUCUCCUCAUGCAGGUGAUGCCCAUCCUCAUCCUGGUCAUUGUAUCAGCACUCAGUCAAAUGAUGGUGACCAGCCCCCCCUACAGUCUCAGCUACAGACCGUCAGCUGGUCACACACACAAGCGUGUGACGGAGAGUCUAGGCGUGACGUAUUACGUGAGCGAGCGUUUCGUUCAGGAGUUCGGCGGCCUGAAACUGAAGCAGGUGGAGAACAGUGUGGAGGACGAUUACAUCUCCAAUCUGAGAAACAACUGCUGGAAAGAAAAACAACAGAAGGAAGGUUUGCUGUACCGCGCACGGUAUUUUGGGGACAGUGAUUUGUACCAGCGUGCUCAGAGAAUGGGAACCCCGAGCUGCUCUCGGCUGUCUGAAGUUCAAGCGUCUCUACACGGAUAGAACGACCGUGUCACUGCUCUACCUGGUUCCACAAUAACAAUCUCUCCAGUCUGGAAAAAGGAAGAAUGCCAUACGGAUUGUAAAUACAUUCUUUGAAAAAAUCCUGUGGAAAAUUUGCAACUACUAGUGAGCUUAACUAGAGAAGACUGAUGUGAAAACUGUGUGUGUGUGUGUGUGUGUGUGUGUGUGUGUCAUGUUACAGAGUGUGUGUGUGCGCGUGCGUGCGCAUGUGUGUGUGUGUGCAUGUGUGUGCGUGUGCAUAUGUGUGUGCGCAUGUGUGUGUGUGCGCAUGUGUGUGUGUGCGCAUGUGUGUGCGUGCACGUGUGUGUGUGCGUGCGCAUGCGUGUGUGUGUGUGUGUUUUGGACUCCUGUGGAUAUAUUGGCAUUUUCUCGCGGAAAGUCUGAACGCUCAUGAUGUCAUUGCGCCGGAUUCAGAUCCGAAUUCAGUCUGACUGAUAAGAAGAAUCAGAUUUUUGCAUUAUGGAUCAAGACUGGCGUUCCCAUGACAACAUCUGCAUAUCAUUAUGUGACUUUGUUUAGAUGAAGAUCAUGUCUUGUGAUUUAUAUUUGUAUGUUCGAGGUUUAUCUAUGCGGGGAUUUUAUCGAUGAAAUGAUCGAGUAUGCUGUAACGUUUAUUGAGAACUGUCCUGCGUUUAUAAGAGAGUAACUGCCGGAUGAACACUGGUGAAUAUUUAUUUCAUAUGAAGUUUUAUUUUCUACAUGACUUAGUGGAAAUAUUUCAUCACAGACUGCAUUUAUAUCACUCUGGAUGCUAAUAAAGAUGUACCUGCCGCUGUCUGUCACGUGUGUGUGUGUGUGUGUGUGUGAGAGAGAGAGUGUGUGUGAGAGAGAGUGUGUGUGUGAGAGAGUGUGUGUGUGUGUCAGUGUGUGUCAGAGUGAGUGUGUGUGUGUGUGUCAGAGUGAGUGUGUGUGUGUGUGAGAGAGAGAGUGUGUGAGAUUGUGUGUGAG